AUGAAUAUACCUUCGGUUUGCGUAACAGAUAGUGUAUAUAAACACAGGGUUUUAGCAGCACUUGUCCACUUAACGUAUUUACCAGAUAAAAUGGCUGGAGCUGCAGCGUUGAUACACUCGACGCUGGGAACGUCGACGACCCCACCGACUGAGGAAGAGGUGGCUAGCAUGCAUCAAUUUAUCGAAAAUGCGCUUGAUCUGGUCAUAAAGGGUAAUACCAAGAGCUACCAGUACCUUAUCCAGCAACUGACGCUUGUACCGGCACCUAUUGUCACGCGUCGCAAGAUUUUUCGUGCUUUGCCACGUUGCAUCUCCACGAUGGCACGUGAACACCACGCUUACCGAGCACUGCUGGAUGUGUUGUUCAAGUUUGACCUGUUGGCCAGCGGAGACCCAUGUGAGGUCGAGGACUACACGAAUUUCAUUGUACAUUUAGUAUCCUCGAAUACGAUUUAUGUGGUUCCAACACUUCACAUGCUCGUACGUAAUAUGCGUCGUCCGCAGAUGAAGGAACUGCCUUUCGACCUUCGAGCACAAUUUGAUGCAGAUCAGGCAAAAGAUGAGGCAAUUCAGAGAGCUGGCAAUAUCGUGAUAGGAGAAUCUUUUAGCACCAAUGGAUCGAUAGAAGCGCAUGAUACAGGAGAACUAAGUUUGGAGGAACGCAUCCAAGCUCGAUUUGAAGCUGCACAUCAGACACUUAAACGUGUACUUGUGCUGGUCCCUACGGCAACCAACGUCUUAUUUCCAAUUUUGUGUGAACAUUUUCCGCACAAGCGAAUGGAUGCCUCGACUCAGGUUGCAUAUUUACGCAAUGUACUGCGUGUCACAGAGUAUGUGGGUGGUUUACGUGAGCGUGUGUUAGGACUGGUGCUUGACCAGCUUGUAGCGAUUGACGUGGAGAUCAAAUUAGACGAAAGCGAAGAGGAUGUAUUUACAAUGGAUGACUUUUUAGAUGAUGACUUAUUACCAUCUGACAAUACGUCGGGACGCAUGGACGAAAUGGCUGAUAAAUUGGACAAAAUGAUGCUCGUAAUGUUUCAGCACAUAGAACAAUGUGCCACAUCAUCACCUUCUACGUCGGAGUUAGCUGAUACAGUACUUCCUAUCGAGGAAAGCAAUACAUACAACAACCUAAACAUGCGUCAAGCAACCUUGAUAUUCAAGUAUUUGCUCAAAGUAUUCGAACACUCGAUUUUAAACACUCAUCGAUCCAAGUAUCCGCAAUUCUUGCUGUUUUACGUUUGUCGAAUGGACCCUCAAUUCCAGGACGUGUUCAUCUCGCAACUUCUUGCAACAUCACUGGAUCCGCAGACACCUCCAACUACACGUCAUAGCUGUGGUGCUUAUCUAGCCAGUUUUCUUGCUCGUGCCAAGUAUAUUUCCGUGGCAUAUCUUCAAAAAGCUUUAUAUCAUUUACUUAAGUGGUUGCAUGACCAAAUGGAUCUUUACGACGCUGCACAUGAAGACCAACAGGACAAAGUGGAACGUUAUGUUGGCACAACAACUCCCAAAAAUGAGGAGCGAGUACUCGAGGAGUCGGAGAAAUUGGAGAUUAAGAGUGUUCGGGGCUUUCAAGAAAGCAUAUUUAUCUCCUCCUUGCAAACCGUGUGUUAUAUGCUAUGCUUUCGCGGACUGGAGAUUGCUACCAGUGACGAUGGUGCUGGCUAUGAGUUCUUGCGCAGUCUUGGCUGGGAACGGCUUUUGAUUACGAAUACUGGCUAUUGUCCAUUGGCGUAUUGUCAACAAACAGUUGCAACUGAGUUUUUGAAUCUUGUCGAAACGUUUGAUUUGGUAUCUGAAGAAUGUCUUGAACGUGUAGACCAAGCGAUUGGCACAGCAACAGUGCCAGCAAAUUUAGCUGCCAAAUCCAUGGAGCAUUCUAAGAAGCCUACGGUAGGAUCUGCUUCUGCUUCUACAUUGAUUGGUCAACGUCAACCUUUAGAGACGUUUUUUCCUUUCGAUCCUUAUCUCUUGCGUCGCUCAUUUCGGUAUAUUGGUCCGUUGUAUUUGUUCUGGAAACAUGCGGAUCCGACAUCAAGUGAGAACUGCGAUUUACUAAAUUCUGUAAAGGCCACAAUUCGUCAGAUGCAGGAGACCGCAGAAGACGAAGGUGACAUAAGCGAGAAAGAAGAAUUGGUUGAUGAUGAUUCAAGUUUAAUUGGAAGCGCGCCUAGGCCAAUGAGUUUGUCGAAUGCCUCGUAUAAUGCAGACAGCUACAUGGGCAGUCUAAAUCGAUCCUGCAACAUGUCAGUUGGUUCGUCUUGCGACGAUGAAGCAUUAAAUGAUGAUGAUCGGAUAGCACAUCGGCGACAAUUGCCAGCACGCACUAUGUUUGAUCCAUCUCCUUGUCUAUCAGCGAGUUCACCGCCAUCAAGACUUCCGCCACUAGGUGCUACCGAUGCAUUCACUUUAGGAUUUGAUGAAGACGAAGAUAAUGGAUUCUAA